CCGAUGUAUGUGUGUUCGGCGAAGAGGGAGAGAGGGCGUGCAGCUGUCCUCUGGCACAAAGCAGUGUUUCAAUAAUACACGUAUCUGUUGGUGAAUAGACCCCAAUAUCUCUCUUUCUCGGCCCACGAGAUGGACAGAAACAAUGGCAGACUCUGAUUAAUGCCAACUUAAUUGUCACAUGCUUCCUUUAACUCAAGUUCUGUACUGUUUCAUGAACUUGGUUCCUGCGAUCGCCAAUAUAUACAUUUCUGCGCUACGAGUUGAAUAAUUUUCGAGAGAUUGAGUCAAGAAUGGAGAUCUUGAACCUCCUGUUGAUCUCAUCCGUGCCCGUGGUAAAAGUUCUGAUGAUCACUGGUCUUGGCGCAUUCCUGGCAACGAAGAAGAUUGAUAUUCUUGGUGCUGAGGCCCGGAAACAUCUCAACAAAAUUGUGUUCUAUGUAUUUAAUCCAGCACUGGUGUCUACCAACUUAUCUAAAACAGUUACCCUUGAAAGCAUGAUGUUGUUGUGGUUCAUGCCAGUGAACAUCCUUUGCACAUUUCUUAUUGGAAUUUGUUUUGGAUGGAUUCUUGUAAAAAUUGUCAACCCUCCUGUCAAACUAAAAGGCAUAGUCUUGGGAUGUUGUUCAGCUGGGAAUCUAGGGAACUUACUUCUCAUUAUUGUGCCGGCAAUAUGUCAAGAAAAAGGAAGUCCUUUUGGUGAUCCAAGUGUUUGUGAAAGAUAUGGUUUAUCAUAUGCAUCAUUAUCAAUGGCGUUAGGGGCAAUCUUCUUGUGGUCAAUUGCCUACAAUAUCAUGAGAAUAUCAUUUUCAAAUUGCACGAUUGGAGAGCCAAGUGAUGGACCAAAAUCUCAUAUGAGAUCAUUAUAUGGUGAAAAUCAAAAUAUGGUCCCAUCAAACAACACAGAGUCAUUGCUUGCACUUGAUAGCCAUAGGACUUCUGAGCAACUUCCUGAAAAGCUUUCUGAGGCAUUAUUACGAUUUGAGGAUUGUACUGAUAAAAAGGACUCAAUUAUUGUGAGGCUUAGCCAUUCCUUAAAGAUGUUAUCUUGCAAAAUGCAAUUAAAGAGAUUGUUGACACCUUCAACUAUUGGAGUGGUUGUGGGUUUCAUUAUAGGGAUUGUUCCUCAAUUCAGAACUUCAAUGAUUGGGGAAGGUGCUCCACUUCAUGUUAUCCAAGAUUCUGCUGAACUGUUGAGUGAAGGAGCAAUCCCUGCCGUCACCCUAAUUAUGGGAGGCAAUCUUACAAAAGGAGUAAAUCCAUCUCACAUGCCAAAGACACUCAUUCUUGGAGUUAUACUAGUUCGUUACCUUUUCAUGCCAAUAUUGGGUAUAUUCAUUGUUAAGGGGGCGAUUAAGCUUGGCUUGGUGCAUUCAGAUCCUCUAUAUCAGUUUAUUCUUUAUAUCCAAUAUGCAGUUCCACCAGCAGUGAAUAUAGGCACAAUUACACAAUUAUUUGGAUGUGGAGAAAAUGAAUCUUCUGUGAUUCUUUUGUGGACAUAUCUCUUGGCUUCUAUAUCAAUUACAUUAUGGUCCACAAUUUUCCUGUGGUUGGUGGCAUAAGCUUUCAUAAUUUUCUUCUUGCUCAGAGCAGAUCAGCCAUUAUUUGCAUGGUGGCCCUCAUAAACAAUGGUUCACAGUUGAAGAUCCUUUGAAGACUAUUUGUAGGUGUCUGCCGAACAAGUGGACAUAUUUUGCCAUAGACAACAAUUAUGUGAACAUCUUUGUAAAACUACUUUGAGCUAUACUCGUUUGGAACCAAUGUGUAAUGAUUUUGUAGUUCACAUUGAGUAGCAACUUAAUCAAUGUAUGAAUAUUGAGAGCCAUGUCAUGUUUUUGAGGUAGCCCUUUGGAUAGAUUUGUCAAUUAAACCUCUUUCAUGAAUCAUGGCAUUAAAGUAAAAGACUUUUCCUUUUCUUGUUC